UCUUCUUAAGCAAAUAAUUGUCUUUGUAAUUGAGUUAAUUAUGAAAUCUUUUGUUGCAUAUACAGUUUGAAGCUGAUAAUAACCCAGCAGUUGAUGUAUAUUCAUAGCAGGUUUAUCAUCUGAACUGUGUAAAUGCCACAGCCUGAUAAGAAACUCAGUCGACCUGCCUUUCUUUUUUUGUUGUACAUUUCUAUUAAAAUUCAACAUCCAAGUGCAGUCACUAUUCCAUCCAUCUGUAGCAGCACUAAUGCUGGCUUCUGUACACAGUUAAGCAUUAACCGCAUAUGAUUGCAUUAAUCCCUCCACGACCCUUAGUCACUUACACAAUAUUGCUUUUAACAGCAGGACUGAGUCGUAUAUUGAAAACACACAUUACUGGUGGUGUGCAGCUGGCCAUUGUGGUCCAGGCUUUGGCCUGUUUACAGUCCAGUGAGUCCUCAUUGUUUUGCGGCUCUGUAUGGACACAGAAACAGGUGGUUUCUCUCUCAAGCGUACUGAAAAGACAAAGGACGGCUGUUGGCGUAACUGUGGUCACCUCUGUGCCCACGAGAUGACAAAUUCAUGCCGGGAAACUAGUUCAGGAGAUGGGAACAGUCACUAUGAACUAUUAUGGGCUCUUAGCAUGGUUGUCUGAUGAUCCUGUGAGAACUGCUGAUUUUCCUUGUGAAUAAAGACUCACACAUCUUCCUGCCAGAGCCUCUAGAGGACAUUUUUCCAGGCUGAUCCAACGGUAAGAUGAAACCAGAGCUGGAGGAGCAGAAUGGCUGCACACAUUAAACACCUGGAAUUGUACUUUCUUUGACAACAUCUCAUACAAUUGCCAAAGAAUUCUGGAAGGAACUCUCCUGAACUCCUACAGAACCUAGUUUAAUUUCUUUCUGUGGAUUAUAAGUAAGAGACUGCCAUCAUGCCUAUUCUCAAGCAGCUGGUAAACAACUCUAACCAGUCGAAGCGGCGGUCUCGGGCUGACCUCACCGCAGAGAUGAUUAGCGCUCCAUUGGGGGACUUCCGCCACACCAUGCAUGUUGGUAGGGGAGGAGAUGCCUUUGGGGACACGUCAUUUCUUAGCACCCGAUCAGGGGAACCUCCCAGGGAGCCGGAAACAAAGCAGGGCUCCCCAGGCCCCAAACCAGGGCUACUGUCCCGCACCUUCAGAAGCAGCAAGCGCUCUCAGUCAGUAAACCGGGGGGACAAGUAUGAGUACAACAUGAUGGGGCCUUCUGGUGGCUCGUCCAACUUUGUGAAAAACGCCAUAUCCCUUCCUUACCUAAACGAUGACGAUACUAACAGAGGACACCAACUGCCGAAGAGCGUUUCCUCAAGCCCCAUGAAGACGCUGAGGGAGACUGAAAGCAAGCCGGUAAAUGGAGCAGCAGCGAUGGCGACAUUGGAUGCAGAGUUUGACGAGCGCAAUUUCGGCGAACUUACAGAUUUGCCUCCAUCCAUGCCUAAGGGAGGCGGAAUGAGGCACGCAGAGUCUAUGAUGUCCUUCCACAUUGACUUGGGGCCAUCCAUGCUCGGGGAUAUCUUGAGUGUGAUGGAAAAGAAAGGCUGGGAGGAAGACGACCUCGGCUACGAAGAAGGCAAGGGUAGCGAGGGCCGUGCGUCACCCUCCCUCAUUCCCCACAUAGAUGAUGAUGAUGAUGUGGAGGAGCAGGCCCCUGCAAGGCCACCUCGCAGCAUGUACCAGCAGAAGGCCAUGGUGGAUCCCUACACCCCGGAGCUACACACCAGGAACAACCACCACAACCUGGAUAGCUGCUCCGUGUCCAGCUCCAGCUCAGCCACUGAGGAGAAACCUCAGUACCACAUCCAUGAUGGCGACACGGACAGUGCAAAGUACAGUUCGCCACGUGGAGAGGAUGACAAAGAUUUCACCUUCAUGGAUGAUGAUGAUGAUGAUGAUGAGAUUCGAGUGUAGGCUAAACUGGUAUCACUACCCUGAACAGUCUUGAAGGACACUAAUGGAGAAGACCAGGCGUUGGGAGGCUAACGAAAGCUGUGAAAGGCGUGAAAGGCAGGGGAGGGAUUUAGAGGCAGGGCCACAUCCACUUUAAGCUUCUUAUAGAUCAAUCUAAUCUCUCUACAUUUGUUCAACAUCAUAAAUGAAAACCAUUUAAGCCUUAUUCACUGUGCUGUAUCAAGGAGAUGUGAGCUGAGUGCAGACAGACUGGCUCACAAAGUGGAACUCUUGAAAGGUUUGGGUUCAUUGAUUGUUGCAGAUUUUUGCAAUAUCAAACUCUAAACUCAUUAUUAUUGGGAAAUUCUCCAUUUUCAAAUAAUACUGGCUCCCGUGUUCCAACCUUGUCCUUCUCAAAGGUACAUUAACAAAGAAGAAAAACCAGCAAGCCAUUGGUUAUGAGCAUCACAUUCGUUUUAAGAAGUAAAGGGUGACCGUAAGGUUAGAGAACUGUAACCCAGCUGUCACUCACAUGAAUAUCACAUUUGGAGUGUGAUGUGUGAGGUGAGGAGAAUGAUAUGCGAGGUCACAGGAGGAAGAGGGAAAGAACAGGAAGUGAAACUCAGAUAGCUUUGUAAUCACUGUGUGUGGGAGUGAUCUUGGAGCUUCAAAUGCCAAUGACAGUUUUGGCAUAGACACUAAAUAUAUAAAGUAGUUGUUACUUUUGUCCAUGUCUGACUUAAAGGGUAUAUUUCUGCUAUUGUUUUUAAUUUUUUUUUUUUUUUUACUUUUUUAUGUAAGUUGGUCUACUGUUGUAGAGCCUGUUGUGUUUGAGUUUGGUAGUUUUUGCCGCUGUCUCUCUUUGGAAAAGUCUUAAUUCUUUAAAUUCACAGACAGCUGUGGUAUUUAUUCAUUAAUUUUCAUAAAGGAUGGGUCAUCUUAAUCUGCACUGCUAGGUCUUAAAUUUUUUGAUUUUGGGUUUUUUCUGAGAAGUUUAAUUUCUUAUAAAAACUUCUUAAUGGUACCACAGAGUGAGCCAGCUUCUUUCUGCAGAGGUUUGCUACAUGGCACUUAAUUAUAUGACUCAAGUAGACACAAAAUUGUCUAAGUCACAUCACUCCUGCUAUCACUGUCAUGGCAAGGCUGUAUUAGUUGACAAUGACCUCUGUAAAAAUGUGAAUUGUCAAAAAAAAAAGAGGCCUUUUGAAUGUGUACCUUUUUAAACAACAGGACAGAAGUGGUGAUUGUGGCUAAUUAUGUGUGUGUCGUCACAUCUCGUUCCACAUACUGUAAUUACUGAGGUUGGUAGGAUUAGCAGGUCAGCAGAGAGACAUAAAAUAAGUUUGAAAGGGAGUUGCUGCAGUAGAAAAAUGGUUAUAUCAAAAUGAAUAGUUAUGGCUCUAUCUAAAACACAUCUCCUCUCUCCAGACAUGUGUACAGGCUUGUCCCUAAGGGCAGAGAAGGGAUGUAAAAUUGUAUACUAAGUGUUAUUAGAGCACAGCUACUUUAUAGAUGGACAUCAGAUAUGUCUCAGGGCAGUGAGAGUGGCAGAUAUUUCCUGAACCCACAAGUGAUAAUAUUCACCUCCUCUACACAACCCAAAUCACACAGUAAGAACAGAUGAUUAAAUCAACCAAUCAUCUGGCUUUUCCCAGUCUACUCAUUAAAUGUGCUGGAUUAUUGGCCCCCAACCAGCUGGAACUGCUCCAGGAACAGCAGGGUCAGGAACAGACAGGUGGGCUUUGGCUUUUGUGUUUAGUUGGUUUUACAAUGCUGGCUCACUCAGUAGGCUCCUCCAGAUUACUUUCAGUCAUAAAUAAGGCAGAAAGAGAUGGACUUUCCUUUCCAGUAUCCAUGAUUAAUGUCUGACCUUUUUUUUAAUUUUGCAUUUGUGCCCACGUUUGACAAAUGGGAGCUUUGAAUUUUCUGUUGUGGUACUGAUGCAGGGGUGUGUACAUAGAAUCAGGAUGCUGUGCCAUUCUGCCUUGGGUUAUUGUAAUGUUGUGGAACCAUGUCUACAUGAACAUGUUGCAAGAAGCUCUGAAAUUAAAGGCAAUCUGGAGGAAACUGCCAAGUAUGUUAUAACCAUAUUAUUGGGUAAUGUUAGCAGGAUGUUGGGUUUUGUUUAUUUUUCACUUAUGUGUAGAUAUGCAGUAUGAUUUGAGUCAGACCUCUUUCAUAUUUUCAUGUAAAUGUGCCAAAUUUUAAGAUGUCUUUUACGUCUAUUGAUCCAUGGUAAAAUAUGUGGAUUGUGGAUUGUUUGAGCAGCUGCAAUCCUUCAUGUGCAUCAUCAAGAAAUGGACACAAAAGAACAAAAACACUCCAUAUCAGCCGUUGUUUUAAUCAAGUAAUGUAAAUAUAUUUUGUCGAUGAUUAUAGGAAACAAUCUUUGUUAUCAGCAGUGUGACUAUGUUGUAAUAGGGUGAGAACCAGAAGAAUGUUAGUGGCUUUAACACUAAAUAGCACAUUUGUAGCCAAAUUGUAUUUGCAAGUAAGAUUUAAAAUCUUACACCAAUCUGGCAACCCAGACUGGUGGAGUUUAGAAGAGGUAAAUAGAGAAUUAUGGGAAAGUAUACUAAAUUACGCUGAAAUACUUUCUUGUAAUUGUCUUAACUUUCUGCCAUUUGUCGUGUUUCUCUGUGGGAAACUCCUAAAUAGGCCAGAAUAAACCAUAUAAAAGGAAUUUGCAAAUACUUUCUGCCUCAGGUCUGCUUAAAAGUUUUCCAUGCCCUGACAGAUGUGGUUUGGUGAGUGGCAAAAAAAGAUAAGGACUGCAAAAAAACAACUGGCUCAAAGUUCAGCUGUAGAAUGUUUUCUUUUUUUUCUAUUCAGUGGCUGUAGCAUUAUGCCAAGUAUGUACUGGUUUCUUUUCCUAUUCCUUAUUCUGGUUUUACAGUAUAUUAAUAUAUUUACCUUCCUCACUUUCCUGUCUUUGAAAUAACAGCUAUAUUUUUCAAUAAAAGAGAAAGCUGGUAAUCUUUAA